AUAAUAAGUAAAAUAAAAUAGCGUUUCAAUUUAACGAGCAAUUCAUUGCUACCAACUCAAGUGGACUUAAAUUGGCAAAACAAAUUAGGAGAAACGUUAGUUACUCGCAAUUUAACAAGAAUUAAAUCAGCGUACGCGCUCGUUAGCUCACCUUUGCCCCCAGAAUGUCACUGUCUCCAGCCUUCAAAUCGCCCUUUACCGACAUAACUGGGGCUAUUUUGAGCCACCAGUGGGGCGGGCGUUGCGCCGACAUGGAACUGCGUGCCCUUGACUGUCUCGAAGCUUACGGUUUGGACCGGGGGAUAAAAAAAUGCGAGACCCUUAUUACGGACUUCCAGGAGUGCGCCCUUCGCACCAAAGAACUAGCCAGGUACUCUGCCAUGAAGGCCGAAAGGGACCGCCAAUACAAAGCUGGCGAGCGGACCAAAGAGAACCGCUACGCGGAGCCCCCACAAGCUGAUAGUUUUUAAUCGUUGUGUAAAAAGUUGUAGUUUGGUGUAAAUAAAUAAAUGGAUGGUUCGACAUAAAUAA